AGCGUUUAUAAAGCGAAGAACCUCAAGUGUAGCGUAUUCCUGCGCUUCGAGCGUCGAGUCUGCAUGUAAUCUCUUUUUUGGGGUCAGGAUCCCAGACUGACUACGGAGGGUAUACCCCUGGGAAACGAAUGAAGAAACACGUUUUGCUUCUUUUCACAUACAGAGGACUCGUGAGAAAAGGAAAAAAGAGUAAAAGAAGAAAAUGGCCAAUUUUAUAUUGCGGAAAGCUGAACCCCAGGACGUGCCUGACUUAUUGCGACUCAUAAAGGAACUUGCAAAAUUCGAAGAAAUGGAGGAGCAGGUCAUUUUGACAGAGAAAGACCUGCUCGAAGAUGGCUUCGGAGAUCACCCGUUUUACCACUGCGUCAUAGCCGAAGUGCCCAAGGACCAGCAGAGCCUAGAGGGUAUGGGAUAUACUGUGGUAGGAUUUGCCAUGUACUACUUCACAUAUGAUCCCUGGAUAGGAAAGCUGCUGUACUUGGAGGACUUCUAUGUGAUGGAGGAGUACAGAGGGUAUGGAAUUGGGUCAGAGAUUCUGAAGAAACUCAGCGAGACGGCGGUGAAGACUCGCUGCAGCAGCAUGCACUUCAUUGUGGCCGAGUGGAACAAGAAAUCCAUCGAGUUCUACAAGCGACGCGGUGCAUCUGACCUAUCGCUCCAGGAGGGCUGGCGGCUCUUUGAGAUCGACAAGCAGUACCUGCUUAAGAUGUCCGCCAAGUAGAGAUGGGCGUGAUGUGGACACACAUCGACACCUCAGCCCCACCCCCCUGGGUGGGGUUUUCUGUUACUUUUUAUUUUUUGUGCAAGCAAUACAAUUCUUUGCUCGUUUCACACAUUAUAUGAAAUAAAAUGCACAACAGAGAUUGUU